CGAUUUGGACGACCAAUUUGUAGUAAAUUGUUUAUAAGAAGCCUUUGGUGCUCGGUAUCCGCACUACCUUCUUGUGGCAUUUGCUUUGGUUCGUAACCUCCUUCGCUCACAAUCUUCACUGGCUGGUUCCAGAAAUAUAUAAUGUCUUCUCGCAAAACCUCCAAACCUCUUCCUGCUUUCGAAAUCGGCGAGGACUAUCAACUGCUCCACGCUAUCGGCGAAGGAGCGUACGGUACAGUUGCUGCCGCACUUCACAAGCCUUCUGGUCGACAAGUGGCUAUCAAGAAGAUCCUCCCUUUCGACCAUGUCCUAUUCUGCUUACGGACCUUACGAGAGCUAAAGUUGUUGAAAUACUUUACCGAAACAUGCGUCAAUGAAAAUAUCAUCACCAUUCUCGACAUAAUAAAGCCUCCUUCUCUUGACGAAUUUACAGAAAUAUACUUCAUCCAGGAGCUCAUGCAAACGGAUUUGCAUCGGGUUAUUAGAACGCAGCAUUUGACAGAAGAUCACUGCCAAUACUUCGUCUACCAGACCCUCCGUGCUCUCAAGUCAAUUCAUAGCGCGGAUAUUGUUCACCGGGACCUAAAGCCUGCUAACCUCCUGCUUAAUGCCAAUUGCGAUCUCAAGGUCUGCGAUUUCGGGCUUGCGAGGAGCAUCAAGACUACGGCGGGCAAGGAACCGGGGGCGAUGACUGAAUAUGUCGCAACAAGAUGGUACCGUGCACCCGAAAUCAUGCUGUCUUUCAAGAUGUACUCAAAGUCUGUCGAUAUCUGGGCAGUUGGUUGCAUCCUCGCAGAGCUCAUUUCAGGGCGUCCAUUGUUCCCAGGACGCGAUUACAGUCACCAAUUGGACUUGAUACUGGACGUGAUUGGGACACCGAGUUUGGACGAGUUCUAUGCUAUCACUUCACGGAGAUCGCGAGAAUAUAUCCGCUCAUUACCCAUCCGCAAGCGUCGUUCUUUUGCUACCCUGUUUCCCCAUGCAUCCUCGGAAGCUGUGGACUUUUUGUCGAAAACUUUGGCCUUUGAUCCUAAGAAACGCAUGACGGUUGAUGAAUGCCUUGAGCAUCCGUACCUCACUCAAUAUCACGAUCCAGAAGAUGAACCUGCCGCUAGUCCUCUCAGUCCGACAUACUUUGAAUUCGAUCAACACAAGGACAAGUUGUCCAAAGACCAACUGAAGGAGCUUUUGUAUGAGGAAGUACUUUCCUUCAAAUCAGUUAUCAAUGAAACUCCUUGAGCGCAACUGUUCCGAGGUCUCAAUCCAACCUCCAUUAGGUUAAAUUAUCUUUACCUUUACCUAUCUAUUAUACAUCCCAUAAUGUACAUAGUUCAUGACCAAAGCAAUUGAUACGUGCCAUUUCGGUAGUCAUUUCCAGGAAUGUCUACAUCCUCAGUCUUUCCCUUUUCCCGAAACCUCCAGCAUCAAAAAUCCAACACUGAUCCUAAAG